AUGCAGGCUGACAGCAUGACCGCGAGCAUGGUGAAGCCGGAAGCAGGGGAGAUGAAGCCGGAAGCAGGGGAGACGAGCACAGGGAGCGCGAGAGCCAGCGCAAGCAUGGCGAUGGUUUGCCCCAGGAAAAGAAAAGACUGCACAGAACGAUGGGAUGAACCCGUCCUCCUCACUCGCGAGCUCCUAGAGAGCUACUUCGACUGGCCCUUGGCCGCGGUGUCGAAAGAUUUGGGCAUCUGCCAGACAUCGAUCAAGAAGGCUUGUAGGAAGCUUGGAAUAGCGAAGUGGCCCUUCAAGUCACCGAAUCCAGGGCCGAAGAGGAAACAUACUAGAGUGAGCUGCAAUGCUCAAGCAACAUGUUCGUUUCAACCUGUGAAGAUUGAGGAUGAGGAGCAUCUACAGUUUGUCGAGUCGAGUAUUUUUACUCAGGAUGAACAUGAACAAGCAGGACAUGAUGAGUUCUAUGCCUUGGACAAGUAUUGUGCAAGACCGCUAUUGCAGCAGACUGAGGCAGUUCCUCUCACACUCCUACUACCACAAGCCCCCGGUGAACUCACGCAGCACAGCUCAGGUGGGUGGAUGAACGACAUGGAGCCUGAAAACUGCUGGAAACCCAUCGAUAAUGAAACUGAAGCAAUCGUUUCCUUGGGAGAGCUGUUGUUUGUUAGCUCCGGCUUUUGA